AUGUUGCGCAAUAGGUGCAUUAUCCGAAAAGUUUUGGUGUAUAAUGACUUGCCCCGAUUCAAGCAACCUUUCUAUGAGGCAUUUGUGUUCGUUAUUGGCGGUGGUUCUUACGUGGAAUAUCAAAACUUACUCGAUUGGACCCGAGAAAGCUCGGGUGGUUCUGCAACCACCGUGUCCACUGCCUCGGGGACCAAUCUGAGUGGUAUGACCGGCUCUACGAACGCGAGUGGUGGUCCUGGAUCGACGGACCCCUCAGCUGCACUUUCUUCCUCCUCUUCGUCCUUGGCUGGGUCUAUCUCUUCCGGGGUUGGUGCUAGGCGUGUCACAUACGGUUGUACCGAAGUAGUCAGUCCAUCUGAAUUCUUGGAUCAGGUGAGUAGUGGUUCUGGCCAUCGAACGUUUUACCAUUUCUGCUUGCUUCGGAUAUACUGUUUGGUCGAUUGUUUCACGAUGGAUGCCGUCUAG